AUGCUGCUCUUCUCCGCUCUGUUCACACCAGCCUUGGUGUCGGGAGAGUGGAGAGCGGACACUCCCGGAGCUGUGACAGCGCAGAAUGGUUUGUGUGCACGGAUUCCGUGUCACUACAGAUACCCGUCGGAACUGAACAGUAAACCACGGACUGGAAUCUGGUUUAACAGUGAGUUGCACGACAACAAAGGUCCUGUAGCCUUCCACUCCGGGAAUCACAGUCUAGCAUCAACAAAGUUUCAGCAUCGGACCCGGCUGUCAGGAAUCCUGAAAGACAACGACUGUUCCCUGGUUAUAGACAACGUCACGCAGCAAGAUGCAGGUCCUUAUUUAUUCAGAGUUGAAUUCAAAGGGAGUAAUGAUUACAGCUACCGCCCUGCAACACAGCUCAGUGUUACUGAUUUCACAGAUAAACCCACGAUAUUCGCUGCUGAAUUGGUGGCAGGAAAGCCUGUGAACAUGACCUGCUCCUUCAACACCACGUGUGAUGGAACGGCCCCCACCUUAACCUGGGUGUGGAUUCUGAUGUAUCGGGAUAUGAACAUAUUGGACCUGCUGUAUGCCAAUGAUAAAGAGGCCUACAGCUCCAUAGCCCGUCUGCCACGGGGAAUAUCCGACCACAACAUGGUUCACCUCCUAUCCAGGUAUAAGCCAAUGAUCCAGAGGCUGCCUGUGUCCACAAGCUCCAUUAAGUUCUGUGUGGAUAACGCAUCAGAGGAGACUGUACACUGUUUCCCCAACAACAAGUCCAGGGUCACCAGUGACAUAAAUGCCCUUCUCAACCAGAAGAAGAGGGUCUUCAGGAAUGGUGACAGGAAGGAGGUGAAACAGGCGCAGAAAGACCUGAAGGCCAGACUGAGACAGGGCAAGGACGACUGA